AUGGCGGCAAGUGAUGGCGAUGAUUCUCUCUACCCGAUCGCGGUGCUCAUCGACGAAUUGAGGAAUGAAGAUGUUCAGUUGCGACUGAACAGUAUUAAAAAGCUCAGCACCAUCGCUCUAGCGUUGGGGGUAGAGAGAACUCGAUCGGAACUGAUACCAUUUCUGACUGAUACAAUUUACGAUGAAGACGAAGUCCUGCUAGCGCUUGCCGAGCAGCUUGGGAGCUUCACACCGCUGGUUGGGGGUCCAGAGCAUGUCCAUUGCCUGCUUCCUCCUCUAGAAAGUCUAGCUACGGUUGAGGAAACAGUUGUCAGGGACAAGGCCGUGGACUCGUUGAGGAUAAUCGCUGAUCAGCAUAGUCAGAGUGACCUUGAGAACUACUUUGUGCCCUUGGUCAAACGACUUGCCGCAGGUGAUUGGUUUACGUCUCGGACAUCAGCUUGCGGUCUUUUCUCUGUUUGUUACAAACGGGUCUCCACUAAUGUCAAAACAGAGCUGCGACAGAAUUUCCGUAACUUGUGUGCUGAUGAUACGCCUAUGGUUCGACGAGCCGCUGCAGGCAAGCUGGGUGAGUUUGCCAAGGUGGUGGAGUCGGACUAUCUCAAAUCUGACUUGAUCCAGCUGUUCAAUCUGCUGGCUCAAGAUGAACAGGAUUCUGUGCGAUUGUUGGCUGUUGAGGCAAGUGUGAGCAUCGCUUCAUUGCUCUCUACUAACGACACUGAACAGUUGGUGAUGCCCACCCUCCGCCAAGCAGCAGAGGAUAAGUCCUGGCGAGUUCGCUACAUGGUUGCGGAUAAAUUCACUGAGCUGCAAGCCGCUGUUGGGCCAGAGAUCACCAAGAAUGACCUAGUUCCUGCUUUCCAAAGUUUGCUGAAGGACUGCGAAGCUGAGGUUCGUGCUGCAUCCGCUCACAAGAUUAAAGAAUUUUGUCAGGCCCUGUCAUCAGAUGUUCGUGAGCAGAUAAUUAUGAACAACAUGCUCCCGUGCGUCAAGGAUCUGGUUGCAGACGCCAACCAGCAUGUGAAGUCUGCACUGGCCUCUGUCAUCAUGGGCUUGUCCCCCAUACUGGGCAAGGAGAACACUAUUGAGCACCUCCUGCCCCUGUUCUUAAUACAGCUGAAAGAUGAAUGCCCCGAAGUGCGACUGAACAUCAUCUCCAAUCUGGACUGUGUCAAUGAAGUGAUUGGCAUCAAACAGCUGUCACAGUCGUUGCUGCCUGCCAUUGUAGAACUAGCCGAAGACACAAAGUGGAGAGUUCGUCUUGCCAUCAUCGAAUACAUGCCCCUGUUGGCUGGCCAGCUUGGGGUGGAGUUCUUUGAUGAGAAGCUGAACUCCUUGUGUAUGACCUGGCUUGUGGACCAUGUGUUUGCCAUUCGUGAGGCGGCAACACAGAACCUGAAGAAACUGGUGGAGAAGUUUGGCAAAGAUUGGGCCCAGCAGACUGUUAUACCAAAAGUGCUACAGAUGUCUAGAGAUCAGAACUAUCUGCAUCGCAUGACCUGCCUUUUCUGUAUAAAUCUACUUGCUGAGCCACUGGGACAGGAUCUGACCACCAAGCUGAUGUUGCCCACAAUCAUCACCAUGGGAUCCGACCCCGUCGCAAAUGUUCGAUUCAACGUGGCCAAGACUCUACAGAAACUGUCCACUCAGUUGGAUAGCAGUACCAACCAGAACCAUGUGAAGCCCCUCCUGGAGAAGCUGAAGGCAGACAGUGACAUGGAUGUCCAGUACUAUGCCUUGGAGGCCCUAGAAGGGCUCAAGUAA